AUGUGGAAAACUGCUGACUUGACAGAUGUCUACAACACAGUCAUCAACACCCAUCAUGGGAAGGAUUCACCGUUUCAGCUUACCAACAAUGCUGGCUUUUGCUUGGUUAAAAUUGAUUCUGUCUGCCAAGAGAUACGUUGGACAACUGCUGGACGGUUGCUGGUACCUAGGAAAAAUAAAUGUCUGGGAGUACAAGGGAAAACUGUAGGGAGUGAUGUGAGCUUCUAUGAUUGUGAUGAAACAAGCGAACUCCAAAGGUGGGAAUGCAAGAAUGAAACGGUUCUCGCCCUCCAAGGCCAACAGCUUUAUGUUGAGCUCAAAGCAGAUAACAAUGCGGUACUGUCGAAAGCAGCAGGACCCAACAGCCAACUCACAAUUUCAGGGACAUCUAGCGGAGCUUGCACAAGAACAUACAGAGAACUUUACACAAUUGAAGGAAAUGCAGCAGGAAGGCCCUGCAUGUUCCCUUUCCUAUAUAAAAACCAGUGGUACUCAAGUUGUACUUUGACCGACUCUGUAAAUAACCGUCCUUGGUGUGCUGUUGAAACUAAAUAUGAACAUGGGACGUGGGGCUUUUGUCCAACAAAUGAUAAGGAUAACUGGAUCCAAAACCCAACAAGCAAAGCAGUUUAUCAGCUGAACCUGGAGUCCGCUUUGACCUGGUCAGAGGCUGAAAGAAGCUGUAAGCAGCAGAGCGCCUCCUUGCUCAGCAUCAUCGAUCCUCACGAGCAGGCUUAUAUCACAGCGCUGCUCGAGCCGGGAGGUACCCCACAAGGAUACAAACUGUGGACUGGGCUCACUCUGGAGUCAGAAAAUGGCUGGAAAUGGUCUAAUGGGAACCCUUUUCGUUACCUUAACUGGGAUUCAGGACACCCACUUCACAAUCCAGGAUAUAGCUGUGGAAUGAUGGAUAGUUUUCUGAGGUACUCUUGGCAAAGUUCAAAAUGCAACAAGAAACUGGGCUACAUCUGCUACAGUAAAGGAGUCCUGGCUUCUCCAACUGAGAGUCCUGACACUGGAUUCUGUUCAGCACCAUGGAUUCCGUACAAUGGCCACUGCUUCCAACUGUAUCGUAAUGAAAAAAGCUGGUCUGAUGCUCAGUUAGCUUGUCGCAAGGAUGGGGGAGACCUUGUGAGCAUCCGCAAUGUGGAGGACCAAAGUUUUGUCAUCUCUCAGCUAGGAUAUGCCUCAGCUGAUGAGCUCUGGAUUGGACUAAAUGACAGGAAAACAGAAGGACUGUUUGACUGGAGUGACCACACCACAGUCAGCUUCACCAGCUGGGAGUUUGGAAGACCAGCUGUUGCUACGAACCAAGAGGAUUGUGUUCUCAUCAGGGGAGAGGCUGGAAACUGGGCGGACCAUGACUGUAAGGAGAAACAUGGCUUUAUUUGUAUGAAAACCAGUGCUUCUGAACCCUCUGGCGGUGGAGUACCGACGGAUGAAGGAUGCAAAACUGGUUGGAAAAGAUACGGUUCCUACUGUUACUUUAUUGGAACUGAAACAAAGACAUUUGGAGAAGCAAAAGCAGACUGUGAAAGAUUAAAUUCCUACUUGGCAGAUGUUUCAACCAGGAUGGAUAAUGCCUUCUUAGUCAGUUUGGUGGGCCUGAGAUCAGAGAAACAUUUCUGGUUGGGACUUUCAAACCAGAAGAACCGAGACAUUUUUGAGUGGACCAACACGGUAUCUGUUAGUUAUACUCAUUGGAACAGUGAAAUGCCAGGCCACAACCAGGGUUGUGUCGCGAUGGCAACUGGUGGUUCUGCAGGCCUCUGGGACGUGUUGCCUUGUACCAAUAGAGAGAAGUACAUCUGCAAACAUCUGGCCGAGGGGGCAGUUGUGACUCCUGCACCAACAACUGCUCCCUCUUCCCAUUGUGCUGACGGAUGGACCAAAGACCCAACAAGAUACCUCUGCUAUAAGGUAUAUUCCGAGACAACAUCAGAACCAAAGACGUGGUUUGAGGCCAGGGAUUACUGCCGAGCAAUUGGAGGAGACUUACUAAGCAUCCACAGCUCUAUUAAAUUGCAAUUGGAGCAAGACCGGUCUGGACAUUUCUGGAUCGGACUUAGUGCCCCUGACCAAGGCACUGGUUAUGUGUGGAGUGACGGAUCCCCAGUAGACUUUCAGCACUGGGAAGAUGGACAGCCGGACAACAAGAACAAUGUUGAAUCUUGCGUUGAAGUUUUUCUAACAUUCUGGGAUAAAACAGGGUCUUGGAAUGAUAAACAAUGCGAAGCUUUUAAUGGCUGGAUUUGUCAGCUCCCUACAGGAGUUACUCCAAAGCUACCUCCACCCCCCGCAACUAAAGAUUACAACAUUACCUCUGAUGGGUGGCUGGUAUGGAAGGGAAGUCAGUAUUUAAUUCAAAACAUAAUGGCUAAUGAAGAUGCCCGGCAAUCCUGCAAAGACAAACAUGGUGACCUCGUAACCAUUGACAGUGAAGAAGAAAGUAUUUUUCUUUGGAAACAGAUAUCGAAAAUGCAUGGUUCUUUCUGGAUUGGCCUAACUGUGGAUCUCGACAAAUCAUUUCAGUGGAUGGAUGGUUCUCCAGUAAUUUAUCAAAAGUGGGAUGAAGGACAACCUGACUUUCUACGUUUUGAUGAAAACUGCGUUGCCAUGAAUCCAAACAAUGGGUUUUGGCAUGCUUACAACUGUGGGGGUGCCUUCAAGUCUAUUUGUAAGCGCAGUAGCUCACCACCUGUCAAUGCUACUGUGGCUCCUACAGUACUAACGAAAGGUGGCUGCAAACAGGGAUGGAAAAAGAUUAACCAUAAGUGUUACAAGAUCAUAAAGAACCAAAACUUAACGUGGCAUGGAGCGAGGGAACAAUGCAAAGAAAUGGAAGGAAACUUGGCCUCUAUUCCCUCAAGACAUACGGAAGUGUUUUUAUUGUCUGAAAUGCUCAACACUCCAACAAUAGACCUGUGGAUUGGUCUUCAUUCCUCAUAUGGAAACGGGUUUUUCUGGACCGACGGACGGCCGAGAACAUAUCUCAACCUGAGAUAUUCUGACUGGAGUAGCCAUCCACACGUUGACAGACUUGCGAUGUUUGGUGUUGACGUGAUAAGUCAGUUUAUGAUCUUUAAUAAAUACUGUGCUGUAAUCAACACAAAUUCUUCACUUGGAAUUGGUAAAUGGAUACCUAAGUCGUGUAAUGACACCAAUGGAUUUAUAUGUCAAAAAGAUGUUGACCCAACUGUAAACGAUCCUCCUGAACCAACGAUUUCUAACAACUACUUCAAAAUACUUAAUGAUUCCAUCAAGCUUGUUCCUGAGCAAAUGAGCUGGGAUGCAGCUAAGAAGCACUGUGAAGCUGAUGGUGCCCAGCUGGCCAGCAUGCGAACCGAGUGGACACAGGCUUACAUUGAGCUGAUGGCUUUGAAUCUCAAUCAUUCUAUAUGGAUUGGACUCAACAAAUCCCAGGCUCAUGGCUAUUUCAGAUACAUUGCUGGCUGGCCAAUGCGAUUUACUCACUGGGGUAUAAAUGAACCACAUAUAAAUGGAACUUGUGUCUACGUGGAUGUGAAUGGAAAAUGGAAAGCUGAUAACUGUGAUCGGAGCAUCAGCAGUGUUUGCAUGAAGUCUACAGACACACCACCUUUUGAUUCAAAAGAUGAAUCAAACAAUUUUCCUGGAAUUUGUCCAGAAGACCCCGAUCCAAUUCACCCAAGGAACCACUAUGCCUGGAAACCUUUCCGAGGUUUCUGUUACAUGUUUUCCCCUGAGGAGAUAGAGUGGCAUCAUGCAGUUACCAGAUGUAUGGAACAUGGUGGAGUCCUCGCCAGCAUUGCAGAUGACCGUGAACAAGAGUUCAUACAAAAUAACAUUGCAUCAUUUCAAGACAAACAUACAUCUUACUGGAUGGGCCUGUUCAGAACUCAAAAAGGAGAGUGGAUGUGGUUGGAUAAAACGGUCAUGGAUUACUCUAACUGGAAAAGAGUUCCAGCUUCGUCAAGGUUGUUUGCUACCUAUGGUGCGAUUACAGCAGAAGAUGGGGCAUGGACUACAGGGAGGAAAUGGGACGAUAGAGCUUACAUCUGCAAAACAGCCAAAGUGUUAAUACCAACGUCAUCAACUGUGCAAACUACUGCCGUAUCUUCUCAAGGUCGGGGCCACACAGCUUUAACAGCCGUGAUUGUCAUUGCUGGGAUUGCAGUGGGAACAGGCAUUGCCUUCUUCCUGUUCAAGAAGACUGGUCGUUACAUACCACCCAUACGAAUCCCUGGAGGGCUAACUGCCUUUGACAACCCACUUUUCAGCAACCACCGGUCACAGCCAGACUUGGUGGACACAAAAAAUCUAGUGGGAAAUGUAGAUGAAGAUAACGAUCAACCUGUGAUAACCAUAUAACUUUUAAUACAACAAAAUGUGCAUUAAGCAUUCUUUAUUUGGGAUGCUUGAGAUUCUGUUGCAUUUGUAUAAUUAUAUAAUCAAAUGUAUAUGCAAAGAUUGAUUUAGAAAAAAAACUGUUAUAUUACAAAAAGCACGACUUAGAUUAGACAAACUUAGACAACUUUAUUGUCACUUUGUUUUUACAGAGUGCAUACAGAACAAAAUUUCGUCGCAAACA